AUGCCUUCUAUUUGGAAAGCUCUUUCCUCUUCUUCUUCUUCUUCUUCCUCCAGCAAUAAUAAUAAUAACGGCAAUAAGAAUCAUCGGCCAUUGAAGGGCAAAAGCAAGAGCUCGAACGAUAUAUUAUCGAACAAGGCGAACAGCGAGCAGGCGAGAAAGCUGACACGUGCCAGGAAAUUGAGGCACGCGACCGAUGAUGAAGUAGGCCUGAAUUCUUAUGCUGGGCUGCAGUUUUGGCCCAUUUCGCCUGAUUCGGGUGCGGGUCACGGGUGUGGGCCCACAACCCUCCUCCCCACCGCCGCCGCGCACUGGUCCAAGUCGGCGGUGCCUCAGCCGCUGCCCCGCCCUGAAAUUAAUCAUCUUCUACCAGUGAAUGAGAGAAAUCCCUGUCGUCAAGUGCGCAGCGACGAGAUUGUCCAGAAAACGACGAAUGUGUACAGUAGGUGCCGCCGCAGGGGAUUAUUCUCUCCCGACCUAAACGUGGACUCCUCACAUGAAAAAGAGUUUCGUUUGCAUAUUCCCACACGAAGUGCUCCAGGCAGCGGUUUUUCCAGCCCCGUCCUCAGUCCACAGAGACACAACAGCACUCUUGAUCUUUAUGUCCCUUCUUUCCGAGUCCCUUCAAAGUUUUCCAACUCAGACAGAAAAUCCAAGUCCUACCAAAUCUCACCUUUCGAACACUCCCCACUCCAUAGCCCAACCCAAAACUCUAAUGGGGCUUUCAUGCACUCGCACGAGAAGUCCCUCCCGGAAUUUUUUGCUUUAAAGAGUGAGUGCUGUAAUAAUAAUAAUAAUAAUAAUGGUAAUGUUCACCCAUUGCCACGCCCACCGUCAGCUUGUAGACAGUCACUCACUGUUAGGCAAAAUAUUGAAAAAUCGGAUAGUUUAGCGGUUAUUAAAGGGCAAUGGCAGAGGGGACGGCUAUUAGGGCGAGGCACGUACGGAAGUGUGUAUAUCGCGACUCAUCGUGAAACUGGGGCUAUGUGUGCGGUGAAAGAAGUCCAGAUGGUGCCUGAUGAUCCUAAAUGUGCAGAAUGUGUGAAGCAGUUGGAACAGGAAAUCAAAUUCCUCAGAGAAUUGAAGCAUCGGAACAUUGUACAGUACUAUGGGUGCGAAACUAUUGAGGAUCGUUUUUGCAUAUAUUUGGAGUAUGUGCAUCCAGGAGCGGUUAAUAAGUAUGUCCGUGAAAAUUGUGGGGCUAUGACAGAGAGUAUUGUGCGCAAUUUUACCCGUCACAUUCUCUCAGGAUUGGCGUACUUACAUAGCACAAAUACAAUACACAGGGAUAUCAAAGGGGCAAAUUUACUUGUUGAUGCAUAUGGUGUGGUCAAGAUAGCGGACUUUGGAUUAGCAAAGCAUCUUAAUGGACAUGAUAUUGAUCUCUCUUUGAAGGGUACCCCUCAUUGGCUGGCACCAGAGGUCUUGCAUGCUAUGAUGCGAAAAGACGCAAACCCUGAGCUAGCCUACGGUGUUGACAUAUGGAGCGUUGGUUGUACGGUUAUUGAGAUGCUCACAGGAAAACCUCCUUGGAGUGAGCUUUCUUGGGUGCAAGCAAUGUUUAGUGUAUUGAACAAAUCACCGCCCAUCCCUGAAAAACUGUCAGCUGAAGGGAAGGAUUUUCUUCAACGGUGCUUUCAAAGACGACCUGAAGAUCGACCCUCGGCAGCUAAGCUGCUCGAUCAUCCUUUUGUAUGCAGUUCACGUGAUCAAACUCAUGCUGGUUUGGUGCUAGGAUUUUCUGGAAUUAGAUUACAUGAUGUAGAGAGUUCAAGCGACUGGACACAGCGGAAUAAGGAUGUGAUGCCAAGUUCACCAGUCACAAAGAUACAAGGAGGAAAAUUGCCACUACUCAAUGGCGAAACUAGUCGACAAGAAAGCUUGGGCCCGGGUCCCACUUCCCACAACUCAGAAAGCCCUUCAAAUGUGGAUAAGAAUUUGUUGUUAAGAGCUGUUAACAACAAUGUGUACACUUUUUCGUGCAAGGAAAAUCUCACUCUACUGAUGCCGAAAAUGACGGAAAGGAAGAAACAGAGCUCAAACGCGCAAUGAGAAAUAAAUUAAUGCAACACCUUUCUGGGUUGGCAUUACAUAUUCUGAUGAUGCAGUGUCAGUGUCACCACAAGGCAACAAACAAUAACAACAAUGUGUUGUUUGAUGACUUGUUGGCACUUUGGACAGCGCCUAGAACACAAAGGUUGUAGUCCCUCUACUACUAUGGAUAUCUUUGUAUUGUAUAUAUGUGGGAGAAAAUCAAGGGAUGUGGAAACAAUUCUUUGUAGUGUAAUUUAGUAGUAGAAUGCACAUAUUUAGUAGCAUUAUUGGAAUAUAUUUAGUACUGUUGUAUGUGUUACUCGGCCAAGCUAUUCUUAGUGUUGUAUGUGUUAUUUCUGGUAGUGAUAUUGGAAUGUCUUUAGUAGGG